ACAGAGCAGAGGUUGUGUGAACAUAUAGCGAUAAUUUAACGAUAUAUUUAUAUUUUCGCUGUCUUAAAUCGAGCCAGCUGUCACACAUAAGAAACCCACUAGCCUCAGCAUAAUGACCGACGAGACUAAACCCGGUUCUUUAGGUUUCUUCUCGAGCUACGACGAUUUGAGCGACAGCAGCGACUCCGACGAUGAGGCUCAAAGUCGGAAGAAGACGAGCCAGAAACCUGCAGCAGAAGCUCCGGGAGGCGACGCUCAGUCCUCCCGGUCCGGAGCUCCUCUACCUGGACCCGACGAGCUCUUCAACUCGGUGUCCAAACCUGCUUUUCUCUACAACCCUCUGAACAAAGAGAUAGACUGGGACAGCUUGGCGGUGAAAGCUCCCGAAGAGCCUCCCAAGGUGUUUAAGCCAUGGAAGACGAAUGCUGUACCACCUCCUGAGAGCUACACCUCAGAGCCAGAGAAGAAGAAGGGACCCCCUCCUGGCAUGGACAUGGCUAUAAAGUGGUCCAAUGUGUAUGAGGACAACGGGGAAGAUGCUCCACAGGCUUACACCGGCAACGCCCGUUUCCUUCCUGCAGAGGAGCAACCCUCUGAAUCAGAUGACGAUGAUGACAAGCUGGACUCUGCCAAGAGACGUCGUGUGGAGACCUUCCAGCAGAAGGAGAAGAGGAAGAGGGACAUGGGACAAGCCACCUCUGACAAAAAUUUUGUCGAGGAGGAGAAAAGGAUCCUUAGACAGAAGAUAGAGUGAGGCCUACAUCGCCUCCAACAAGAAAUUGGUUUCUAAUUUAAACAUUUAAUGUCAGCUAAGAACAUAUAAUGACAUUAACACAUCGGCCAGGUAGGUGGUGUAAUGCGAACAUCAAUGGACAUCGAUGGUGUAAUUCUGGUGUUUUACAUUCUGGGUCUUUUCAUAAUUUUAGCCUUCAUCCUUCUUGGUUUUUACUCACCAGCUGUCUCCAGAGCAAAGAGAUGUGUGGACUUGAAAAUGUGCACAGGGCAUUACCAAACAAGCCAUCUGAUACUAUGUCCCUGCAUUUCUGGGUUCUUGUAUUGAAGCUGGUGAACAAAUAUCAUCAUAACCAUUAAGAAUGGAGGCCAAAACUACAAAGAAAUACAUCGCAGGGUUCUAAAAAAAAAACUGCUUUUUUUGCUUUAAAUAAUGGUUCAGCAACCUACCCGUCCAGCCGUGACAUAUUAAACAUAAAGUGUGGUCAGUUGGCUUUUACCUCUUGAAUAUUUUUAUUUAUUUAGCUGAAAUAACAGUGACACCUGGCUGUGGCGGUAUGUGUUUGUGAUUAGUCUUGUAUUAUACCCAAUAUGUAUUCACCUCUGACGUUUGCCUGUGCUUGUUUUGUGUUAAAACAGUGACUUUUUUUUUGAAAAUGUGUUCAGAAUGACUGUAAAUCUGUUGAAAUUACUAUUUAAACAUUUGCAUGAUGUCCCUGCUUAUUGGCACUAGAUGGCGCCCCUAAGCAAUACUAGAAUACACCCAUUUCAUGUUUUUAGGGAAGUCUGUUGAACUUCACAACCAAACAACCUGAGCCUGUAUAUAUAUAUAUGUAGUGUUUUCUCAGGAAGGGAACAUUGAUCUUCAAUUUGGAAGUUUGUCUCAUCUCAGUUCUCUUGAGAUACUCGAUGCAUACAGACUGUCGAGUCUCAUGUGUCUGGUAUUACACAACACUUGACAUCUGUGCUGAAUAAUGUAAGAAUAUAAAGAACUUACUUUAUCAACUUCCUACAACUGUUUUACAAAAAGAUAUUUGGAACACUGUACUGUUUUAUGGACUCAAACAUUGAUUAGUAUGAACAGUUGUAUACGGAUGAUUUUAUAGUUUGUUCUCAAUGAGAUUAUUAUUCCUCAUAAAACCACUUAUAUUUUACUGGAGAAAGUUGUGCUGUCAGUCAUUUGAAUUUAGA